AUGGCGAAUGUUUGGAGCACGGUAUAUCAUGUAUUCCCCUUUUUUUCACAGAUUGUGAAGGAAACAUGGGUGAAUUGUGGCGGGCGUGUAAAGGAUACUACUCUUUACACUGGUGCUCUCGGGACUGCAUACUUGUUAUUCAAAGCUUACCAGGUUACGAAUAACAAGGAUGAUCUUUCCUUGUGCACAGAGAUCAUUGCAAGUUGUGAUGUUUCAUCAAGGGGAAUGAGGGAAGAUGUGACCUUUAUCUGUGGCCAAGCUGGUAUUUAUGCUCUUGGUGCAGUUGCAGCAAAGUGCAUUGGUGACCAAUCACUUCUAGACCGCUAUCUAAGCCUAUUCAGAAAGAUCCCAAAACGUAUAGAGAGCUAUGACAUUCCAUAUGAGCUGUUGUAUGGAAGAAGUGGGUUCUUGUGGGCUUGCGCUUUCUUGAACCAACACAUUGGUCCUGGAACAAUUUCUUCUGAUGUUACUGCUCCCAUUGUGAAGGAUAUUUUUAAAGAAGGUAGGCGUUUAUCUCAUGGAGGCUGCCCACUGGUUUAUGUAUGGCAUGGGAAAAAGUAUUGGGGUGCUGCGCAUGGUCUGGCAGGUAUCAUGCAUGUGUUGAUGCACUUUGAAUUGAGCGCGCGAGAGGAGGAGGAUGUUAAAGGUACUCUUCGAUAUAUGAUGCAAAACCGCUUUCCCAGCGGAAACUAUCCUUCGAGUGAAGGGAGCACCACUGAUAGGCUGGUGCAUUGGUGUCAUGGCGCUCCUGGUGUCGCUCUUACCAUGUGCAGGGCUGUUCAGGCUUUUGGUGACAAAGAAUUUAUGGAUGCUGCGGUGGAUGCUACGGAUGUGGUGUGGAAGCGGGGUCUGCUACGACGCGUCGGAAUAUGCCAUGGUGUGAGCGGGAAUGCAUACGUGUUUCUCGCAUUGUAUCGGUUACUGGGCAAGGAGGAGUACCUCUACAAGGCAAAGGCAUUUGCAUGCUUCUUACUUGACUGUGGGGGUAGAUUGAUUUCAUCAGGGGAGAUGCAUGGUGGGGAUCGGUCCCUUUCGCUCUUUGAAGGGAUGGCUGGAACCGCACACCUGUUCCUCGACAUGACCAAGCCUUCUGAUUCUAGAUUCCCAGCAUAUGAGCUUUUUUAGGCUGAGCAUAACAAAAUAAUCCGAAAAUGCUUUGUAGAGAAAACUCAUAGUCAUGAGGUUGGAAACUUGAUCUUAGGCUGUAUGGUAGUGCCUUCCUAAUGUUGUUAUAUGUUAAUCUGGUCUCUAUAAUUAUACAGACAAAUAUAUUAAUCUUGUAUAUGUGAUCGUACACCAAUUUGUAUGUGUGUGAAUAUGUGUAGGUAGGAGUGGUUUUACCUUGACU